UUAUGUUGUGUUGGGCACCAGCGAAUAGUUCGGCGAACAGGUGUGUGAUUUACGUGCAAUGCAUGGAUCACUGAUCUUGUUGACGUUACAAGCUGCGGGGGAGAUUCGUGAGAAGUGGUUGACGUACAAAGUGCAGUUUUAUUUCGUUGACUUCAUAAUUCACGUCUGCAGAUGAAAUCGCAGCAAGUUAAAACUGAGCGCUAGUAUCUAAUUCACUUCUCGAAUAUCAUGACAGUGCGUGUCAUGACAUGAUCAGUGUGCAUGCUGUGUGACUGUCACAAAGUGAAGCCGUGUUCAUUUUGUUCAUCUGAUUGAAACGGUCGUCUCUUGCUGACUGCAACUUCGUUUUCAAGUCGAGGGUACCGCCGGGCACUGCCGGGGAUCGGCUGCCGAGAUGUUGGAGAACGGUGGGUCGGAAAAUAAGGACACACAUGACACAGGCCCCAGGAGAAAGGGAUGUGAUCCUUUAGCGCAGACUGUAAGAGGCAAACUGCAGAACAGAAGGCAAAAACUGAAUGGCCAAAUCAACAAAGAGAUGAGAAUGAGGGCCGGGGCUGAAAACCUCUUCAAGGCAGCCAGCAACCGUAAGAUCAAGGAGCAGGUUGCCAUGGAGCUGAGCUUCGUGAACUCCAACCUGCAGCUCCUCAAGGAAGAGUUAGCAGAGAUCAACAGUGAGGUAGAGGCCUAUCAGAAUGAUACAUUCCUCAGAAGUGUUCCACUCAUUCCACUAGGCUUGAAAGAGACUAAAGAUAUCGAUGUCAAGUUGGUGUUUCAGGAUUACAUUCUUGAGCAUUACAGCGAAGAUGGUGCAAACUACGAGCAGGAAAUACAAGAGUUUAUGGACAUCAGACAGGCAAUGCGAACCCCAAAGAGGAACGCUGAAGGGGUGGAUUUGUUAUUUGAAUACUACAACCAGCUCUACUUCAUCGAAAACCGAUUCUUCCCUGCAGAUAGACACACUGGCAUAUACCUGACAUGGUAUGAUGCCCUGACUGGUAUUCCCUCAGUCCAGAGGUCCAUUGCCUUUGAGAAGGGCAGCGUCCUGUUCAACGUCUGCUCCCUGUUCACCCAGAUAGGUGCCCGGCAGGACCGGAGCAUGCCGGAAGGGAUCCAGGAGGCCAUUGCUAACUUGCAGUGUGCUGCCGGCGGCUUCGGGUACCUUGCUGCUAACUUCAGCCACGCUCCCAGCAUGGACAUGAGCACGCCUGUGCUGCUCAUGUUAGAAGCACUCAUGAUGGGUCAAGUUCAAGAGUGUAUCUUUGAGAGGAGAGUUCUGGGUGGUAUUGCUGAAGACAUCCAGACCAGCUUUGAAAUAGCACAAGAAGCUGCUGUUGUUUCGGAGGCUUACUCCAAGGUGCACCAGCUCAUGAUGCAUCCUAAGGUCAAAGAUUACGUCCCUUACUCCUGGAUCUCCCUGGUGCUGGUCAAAUCACAACACUUCAAGGCGUCAUCACACUACUAUGCAGCAAUGGGCUACUCAGAUAGACACUCCACCUACGAUCAGGCCACACUAGAGAGAGUCUUCCCCACCGUCUACGAUGAACAUCGCACCUUGCAGGUGCCACGGUCACAGCAGGAACGCAAGCGACUGAGUAAAGCCCACAUCCGGCAGGCUCUGAUACUGCACGAGGAGGCCCUGGGGGUCCACAGGCUCUCCAAGAUGCUGCGUAAGAUUGACACACUGCAGGAGGUCUUGCGGCAGUCUACCGACCGCUCCAUGAACUGCUACACAGAGCUAGAUGAAGAGGACGACUUCUUUGAGAUGAUGGAUGUCCCAGACAUUAAGGGUAAGGCCAAGCAAGUUCCCGAGCCGACUGCGAUUGACUUUACAAGAGUGACAGUUAACGACAUCUUCCAUAAACUUGGUCCACUUGCUAUCUUUAAUUCCAGAAACAACUGGUCAGCUCCUCGUAUGGUUGACAUCCAGCGAGGAGUUGAAGGCUUUGGCUUCACGGUGCGUGGUGACUCGCCCGUUAUCGUCGCCAGUGUGGACCCGGGAUAUGUGGCUUCGGCAAGUGGUGUGAAAGAGGGUGAUUUUAUUGUCGGGGUGAAUGACCGCAGCGUGAAGUGGGCCAAGCACGGUGAAGUGGUCAAGGAGAUCCUGAGCUCCCAGCGUCUCCGCAUCGAGCUGGUCACCCCACUGGGUAACGGUGUCCUCCACCCUCAGGACAAACGUCGACUCAACUCUAGCGACUCCGCCGGCUCCAGCCUGACUGAUAUGAACGGCUCGAUCACAUCCGGGUCUUCCAGUAAAGACCGUCGCCAACCGUCACCCAAGAAGAGUGCCAAGGACGUCCCAGACGGGUCCAGGAGCCUGGGUCGCGGCAAGAGUCCUGGUCGAGCCAAGAGCCCCGGACGGAUGAAAGGCCCCGAGAGUGUCAACAAUCUUGGUAGUAAGAGUCUUCCACGAGGUGCGACAGUCAACGCGAAUGGCAGCUCAGGGAUGGGCAAGAAGAAGGAACGUGGUCACAAAGGAAAGGGAUCCUCAGAGAAGGAAGGAGUCAAGAAAGCCAGAGGGGUGUUGAACAGUAAAGCAGGUCUGUGGUAGAAGUGAUGACACCUCAAUGGGCAGCCAUGAUGAGGAUAUAUGCACUAGCACUGCAAAAGACUUGAGGGAUAUCACAUAAAAAAUACCAGACCUCUUGAUCCCUAUUUUACCUCACUAGUUUACUUAUUAUUUUUUAGAUUGAAAAUCUAUGCACAAUUUUAUUCUAAUAAACUUGCUAUUUUAUU